AUGGCAAAAGCCGUUGAGAAGGCCGUCAGCAUGAUCAGUAAGGGUAGGUUGACAUGAUGCCUUCAAGGUCAUAUUCAAUGUUGGUUUUGUCGUUUUGCUUCUACGGCUGCUUUAUGAAAACGUGAGCAUUCACGAAUGUGAACAAACUUUCCAUUUUUUAAUUGAUCGGUUAUUGUCAAGGUUGUUAUGGAAACAUGAAUUGCUUUCACUUCAAGACUCUUUUAAAGCUACUUUUACUUUGUUUCGUUUUAGGUAGUUUAUUUAUCAAUACAGAUCAUAUUGAGCUAUUUUUGCCUUAUGUUUUGAUUGUUGUUUAUCUGCUUGCUCGCUAGUCUCUAAAGAAGUAUAGUUUACUCCUUUUUUGCGCAGGGUUCUCAUUAAGUUGCGCAUGAAUACAUCAAGCUCACCCGCCUCAAAAUAGUACAUGGCGGGUUAAACAGCUUAAACCACCUAAAAUAGCACAAGACUUUACCUUAAUGAGGUUCCAACGCAUUUUGCUUAUGAGAUAAAGACCUACGGCUAUAAUCAUCAGCGUUUAUUUAUCCCUGAAGAAGUUAAUGAGAUUCCUGCGCAAAAAAACAACAACUGGUGUCUACUACUCCCUAACCAAAUAACGUCUACGUGUUAGUUGUUGGCGAGUUUUAAAACUAGAUCAUUUUCCCUCACGCAGAUGACACGCUCAUCAUUGCAACCGCUGACCACUCACACGUGUUCACUGUUGGUGGCUACCCAAAACGAGGAAAUCCGAUCUUUGGUCUUGUAACGGACAUUUACGAUAACAAACCGCACCUUGGCAGUGAUGAAAAACCAUACACCACUCUAGGAUAUGGUAACGGACUUGGAGGGGUUAAUGGUAGCAGAGAAAAUCUCACAGGGGUUGAUACAGCUAACAAAGACUUCCUUCAACAAGCGACGGUAAUGAGGUACAAGGAAACUCAUGGAAUUGAAGACGUAGGUAAGUGUUUAAGUGGUCUUAAAUUUCCAGGAAACUGAGCAAAAAAAAAUUGAUCAAAUAAGGUUUCAUAUAUUAGUUUGACAGGGGCAAAUUCGAAAAACAUCAUUGCUAUCCUGACUUAGAUUUAUGAAUUUCCUUGCAAUGGUUUACCGUUUCAAGUAAAUAUAAGUAUGUAAACGAGAGCUCUGCCCUUAGACUUAGCUAAAUCAUGUUCUUAGUCUAAACAGUGCUGACAAUCAUGAUAAAGAGGACAUUAAGACGUUACCUUAACUUCUGAUGGAAACGUCUGUACACGAAUACUUUAUUUAGAACGUGGCUCGGUGGACCUGGAAUGAAUCUGAAUCUUCUGCAGUGUAUUCACUAGUUUUUAGGCAUGUUAUUCGCUUUACUUGACAGCCGUGUAUUUUGUCCUUAUACCUGAAAAUCAUUUCCCCAAAUAGGGCUGUAUCUUUUAAAACGUCCUCGUUUAUACAAGCUGUUUGUUUGUUUCCCGCGUUCAGCCAGUACCGUUUUUAGGCAAAGAGUCGCUAAGAAUUAUUUAUUGCCGUUCGAUUCUUGAUCUUGAAUUUAAGUUACUCGUCAGGCAACCAUGUAUUGUUUCGUUAAGUGUUGUAUUCCCCAUCGCCGCUCCCCUCCUCCCCCCCUCCUCCCCCUUCCCCCAUGUAAGGGAAUCCGGAAUCCAGAAUAAAAGGUAUCCGGAAUCCUACUAACAAUUAAAAUCCAACGCAGACUGGAAUCAAGUGCCUGGAAUCCGGAAUCCACGUCCUGGAAUCCAGAGUCCAAGACUGACUUGGAUUCCCUUACAUGAGGCGCAAUUGUUGAUAAACAAUACGUGUUCAUGACCUUUAAACCUUGAAGAAAAAUAGCGGGCAUAAUGCAAAAUUAUAAUUCUUUCUUGGCAGUUUUCUUCUUUUCAUCUGGUCAUUACCUAAUUUUCCGUUGCACUACUUCAGGUAUAUACGCGGACGGCCCUGGAGCCUACUUAUUUCAUGGUGUUGUGGAACAGCAGUACAUCUUCCACGUGAUGGAUCACGCCUUGUGUUUCAGUGACAGCAAACAAGAGACAUGUGAUAAGCACGUGACAAGGGGAGGUCCAGUCAAAAGUGAUUCUAGUAAAACUCAAGUCCUUAAGACAAAAUGUCUGAUUUUGACAUUUGCAUUAGUGUCAAUGUAUUUCUAA